AUGGCAGAUUCUUUGCCUAACACUUUCACAUCCAAAGACUAUAACAUUUCAAUUCUCUGUGCACUCAGCGUAGAGCUUCUUGCUGUACGGGCAUUAUUCGAAGAAGAACACAAGGGUCUACCGACGGUCCAAGAAGACACAAACCACUAUGCAUUGGGCCGAAUGGGACAGCACUUUGUGGUUGCUACGUGCCUUCCAUCUGCCGAGUAUGGCACAAAUGCCGCCAGCGCCGUUAUGCAGAACAUGCGUCGAAGCUUCCCACGAGUCGAGUUGUGCCUCUUGGUAGGGAUUGGAGGAGGUGUGCCCUCGUCAGAAUAUGAUAUUCGACUUGGCGAUGUCGUUGUCAGUCACCCGAAUGGAGCAAAUCCCGCUGUUGUCCAAUACGAUAUGGGAAAGAUUUUGGAAAACGGCGAGUUUGAGAGUACAGGGAGACAACAGGAGCCGCCCCGACUCCUUAUGGCAGCAAUCAGCAAUCUCAAGUCCAACCCGAGCCCAAUAGCGAGCUCUUUACAAAUGUUUCUCGACAAAAUCGGAGACACAAGGCCUGCCUAUCAAUUUCCAGGUCGAGACUCGGACGUUUUGUUUGAUGCAGAUUCUCCACACAGCGCGAGCAAUGACAAUUGCCAGAGUUGCAACGGAGAGGUUAUCAAUAGACCUGCGCGUCAUUCGGAUCAACCUGAAAUAUUUUAUGGCCCUAUUGGGUCUGGAAACCAGGUGAUGAAGAGCGCCAAGCGCCGGGACCUUCUACGAGCAAGGCACAAGAUACUUUGCUUCGAAAUGGAGGCUGCUGGUGUGAUGAACUUGAUUCCGUGUUUAGUUAUACGAGGCGUUUGCGACUACGCCGACUCCCAUAAGAAUAAGGCUUGGCAAGGAUAUGCCGCAGCGGCGGCAGCAGCAUAUGCAAGGCUUUUAUUAUCUGUUUUGAGAGGUUGCGUUGAUGCAAAUCGAGAUUCCAACAUACAAAACAAGCCUAGCUUGACCCACGACAAAGUUGGUGUGGUUACAUUUAAUCGUACAGCUUUCCUACAAGCUUUUCAACCUAGAAAAGAUGCGGAGCAAGCUCUGCAAAAAUACCUGUCAUUUGCAAAGCGAGGUCCUUCAUGGAACCCGUGGCCGAAAGACAGAGAGUCUACUCAACUCUUUCAGAGUCUUAAUCGCUGGAUUUCAGAUCCAAAUCGGCCCUUGCUGACAAUUCGGGGAGCGCAUGCUCGGUCACUAACUGAGCUUCCUGCCCCAGAGAGUUUCGCCUGUCAUAUUCAUCAAUUCCUUAUGAACAGGAUGACCCUUUCUGUGAUAUACAUAUUCCAGCCAGCUACCCAGGAAGUUCGACCUAUGGAUUCAGUGAAGAGUUUGAUUUUCCAGGCGUCAAGGAUCAUUCCCAACCACGCUAUGGAAGAAUUCGGGCUGGACUUGUCAUCAAACGAGAAAUUGAGUGAAGAACAAAUAUUUCAUCUUUUAUACCGUGUCUUAUGUUGUCUCGAUGAAUGUUUCAUUGUCAUUGAGAUCAAGCAAGCAGUCAUCGCAGAAAUAUUUCAAGAUACUCUCCAGCGAGCCGUCGAAGAUUCUAAGGCAAAGUUCAAGGCUGUUAUUGUUGCUUAUAACAUGCCUUGGAAACAAUCCCAUGGUAACACAGUACAUAAUGCUACCAUGCCAUCUAUUCGAUUACGUGGCUCAAAGCCUGGCUGGGAUGCCCGCUUGGACUCCAUAAGGCCAAAAUUCAGAUAG